AUGGCGGUGCUGGCGGGAACAUCCAGCGUCCUCCUCCUAUGCCUCCUCGUCUACACAUCUUCCCCAUCCUCUUCCCCCUCCUCCUCCUUGCUUCAAGGAAGCCUCCCCGGCUCAAGUGGAUGGCUGCAGAGCCAGUGGGCGAACGGAGGUUGGCAAAGAUGGCAGCACCCGGAAGAUGCGGAAGGAGCUGGGAGAAUGAUCUACCAGCGAGCGAUGGGCAAUCUUGAUUCUCCAUCGCAGCAGCCUUUCAUCAAGAACUUCUCUCCAGAGGACCAUGUCAAGGUGAAAGCGAACCAAUGGCUCAUCCGACCUGGUGACAGGGAGGCUUUUGCAAAGGAGGCGAAGGAGGUGCUGGGGGUCUACGAUCCAGAUGUCAAAGGAAAGAUCAUCUCCUGGGAUGACUUGUCGAGGUUUCCAUCCGCUCCUGGGUACAUGCCGGAGAGUGCCGAGGGGCGAGAGAGGAUCCAAGAGUUCCAGGCCGAUCCCAAGGUGGCGGAGGAACUCGAGCGGUACAAGAACAUGUUUGGGGAGGAGGCAUCGCGAGCUCGGCAGUUGCCGGCCCCGGUCGAUCAGACGGGAGGAUACUCUCCUGCUGUUGACAAGAUCAUCCACGAUUACUUCGAGCGAAUGAGGAAGCAGCGAGAGGUGAAGAGAGGAGCCGAGGCCGUGGAGGACGGGAUCGGCGAGGUAGAUGCCCUGAGUGGUGGUCUUGAGGAUGCAACUGAUCCAGAGAUCUUGCAGGACGGUGAGCCGUACAUCAAGAUCAAGUUCAACAGGAAGAUCAGAGACCUUCCCGCUGCUGAGACGCAAUCUUCCGACGACGCUGAACCCUCCAACGACGACACUGCUGUGGACUCUUUCUCAGAGGCAGAAGACACGAGGGAAGCUCGGAUCGAGAGAGUUGCACGAGAGGAGGAGAGAAUGAAGGAGGCAAGGGCAGCUGAAAGGCGCCGGAGAGAGAGUCAAGAGAUCAUUCAAGGCGCCAUCGCCCCUAUCCAGGACGAGAUGCAGGAAGUGAAGCGGAUGAUGGAGGAACAGCAGAAGAACAUCGACAACCUCUCCAAGGACGUCCAUGAACGCAGCGAUGAAGCUCCUCGAGUGGACCCUUCCAGCUCCAGCAGCAUGAUCAUGUCCAACACCGGGAUCUCCUUCUCCAUCCCUGGAAAGAUCAAGAUGGAUCGCCUUGAGCUGCCAGGAGGGCGAUAUGACUUCGCCAUCGGCGGACCCGCAGUGAGCAAGUCAGCCGAGGAAGAGGACAAGGCACCCGUGGUGUCGUCGAACCCUGUUCCUGAUAGUGAUGAGAGGGCUCAAGUGAAGCAGGAUGACGCUGGCGUGUUGAACUCCAGAGAAGAUCUCGAUGCUGGCAUCGACCAGGAUGCUGUCAGGAACGCUGCAAGGGACCUUGCGAACAGCCGGAUCCAGAGUUUCGACAAAUCGAAGCAGGAGGCAACCGAAGACGAUGUCUUGGACACGGUGAGCAUGAUGGACAACGCCAUCGACAGGGAAGCUGUAAAGGCUGCGGCGGACGAGCUCCGAGAUCAAGUUAUUCAGGAUCAUCAACCCACUGCCAAGGCGGAGGACGAUGUCCUAGACUCUACGACAGGCAUGGACAAUGGAGUAGACGUGAAGGCUGUGCGGAAAGCGGCUGAACAGCUGCAGUCCAGGAAGAUCGGCAUGACCAGCAACAGCGACGACGACGUGCUGGACUCGAUGAGUAUGAUGGACAACGCGAUCGACCGUAAGGCCGUUCAGAACGCGGCGAAGGCUCUGCAGGAUCGUGUGAUCAGCUCUGCCUCCCCUCCAGCUGACGAUGUUCUGGACUCCGUCACGGGUAUGGACAACGGGGUGGACGGAAAGGCUGUCCGGCAAGCGGCAGAUGAGCUGCAGGCAAGGCUGGCAGGAGGGAAGGUGGUCCAGGCCAAGACAGCUGGUUCAACGAGGAAGGACGCGAAGCUCAAGGGCAAGGGAGCAAGGACGCAGAUGCUGAGCGAGGAGAUGCUGCUUCCCAUCAACAUGAGAGGAGGAUACGCCGGGAAAUACCUGGACCCUGUGGGAGGAACGGCUCACAGGAAGGAGCUGAGGACUCGUGCUAGCCUCGAGGAGACUGAGGCCGACAGGAACCACACGGAGCAUCUGAACGGUCUCAUGGACCAGCAGGAGGAGCAGCCUGCCCACGAGUACCAGCCUUCCGUAGUUGGGGGCCUUGGAGGUGCAGGGAGCACGCAGGAGGCGUGGUACGCCUCUUGGUGGAAAAACCCCAACUCCGAGGACCUGGUCAACAGCGUCGACGAGGACCUUGGGCUGACUGAAGACCAGGGGAAGCAGAAGCUGGUGGAGAACGGGCUGAACGUGGAUGGAUGGGAGCCUGGCAGGUCGCAGGAGCAGGUGAGAGAGGACGAGCUGCAUCACCAUGAAGUACCAGCCGGGUUUUGGUCAGCCGACAUGCAGGAGAAUCAGGACUACGACGAGGACAACGAGGACGACAAGCAGGCAGGGGAGGGAGAGGAGGAGGGAGUUGGCGAAGGACAUCAGGGAGCGGAGCAUGCGGAGGGAGAGGAGUCGCAAGAUGAGGAGCAGCAGGAGGAGAAAGAGGAAGAACCUCUCUGGAAAGACCCGAUGCCCAAGAGUGUCCUCUGUCAGGGAAGGAAUGCAACUUGGUGCCAAGAAUCCGAAGCUGGAGGGCAAGGUGGGGAAGAGCAGGGGCAGGAACAAGAGCAGGGGCAAUAG